UUGCCUUCUGUUCCUCAUCUAUCAUCUUUCCCACCUCAACAUAGCGCUGGACGUGGCUGGUUAGAAAGUCUCGGGUUAUCAAUGCCCAAGUUUCUCUCCUGCUUCCCCUCUCAACGCUCAGCCGCAGCCCAAUACGACCCUCUAUUACCCACGUCAAACGAUAUUACGAACGAUGCGGACAACCACAAGAAGACUAUAGCAUCAUGUAUCUUCUGCGAUGUUUCCAGAGACAAAGAUUUCAAUAUUGUUUACGAGGAUCAAGAGUUGAUCGCUUUCCAUGAUCGCACGCCCCGAGCCGUCACACACCUCCUCAUUAUCCCUCGAUCUCACGUAGCAUCUUCCGUUAGACAGCUUACCCACGAGCAUUUGCCGUUGAUUCAAUGGCCGCUUUAUCUCGCACACUUGUGCCCUCCAAACCGACACCGAAGUUGGGUUUCCAUAUACCUCCUUUCUCCUCUGUACCGCAUAUCCAUCUACACGUCUUCUCUGGGCCACACACGUUUAUUGGCAAAUUCAAAUAUCCCGUCACCACUUAUGCAGCAGGGAAAGGUUUAGGAUGGUUCGUUACCAUUGAGCAAGCAAGGAAUACGCUAGAAAGAGGGGGGACGAUAGGUUUGGG